CACACACACACACACACACACACACACACUACACACACACACACACACACACACACACUACACACACACACACCUCCCAGACGCGUCGACAGGACACACGCCGGAGUCUGAGCAGAGCGCAGAGCGUUACGGAGCCGCAGAGAGAGGAGCUGCUGCGGGAGAUGGCAUGAGAUUACCGGGCUUUUUGGAGAGCAAGAGCGCAACACCGUUUCUUAUUUAUUAUCCCGGGACACUGAAAAGCAGCGUCUGACCCUCGGACUGAGGCUUUGAGAGCUGUAACGGAGGACUUGCUAUUACCAAGGACGACCCUCGUGUGCGCAAAAAUACGCGGGGACGCAGAGAGGGAGAUACGGGGACUGGGAGACUGUCAGUCGGGACUUGGCGCACCCUGGAGCCGCUGUCUGGAGCGCACAGUAUCGAUCAAGGAGUUUGUUUGUUCACAUUUUUUUUGGAUGAGUGGCAUCGCUGUGCUAAAUGGACAGACUUUAAAGGAGCUGUGCCGAUAGAAAUCUCUGGAUUUCUUCAAUGACAUGUAGUUGGCACACAGUUUGCUCCACCAUGGUUUAAUAGACUCCGUGGGAAUAUUCCUUUUUGGUCUAAUACAGGGGUGUGGAUUUUUGUUGUUGGAGGAGCAGCAGAAUUGUUAUCGGAAACAUUAGAAACUUAAAGCUCUCUGCGAGUUUCUGCAACAUCCAAGAUGGAUUUUGAGUCAUCAUGGAUUGGAUUGUUGAUGGCAUUGUGUCAUCUGGCAUUGAGAGUCAGAGGAGAGGAGGUGCCAGCGUGCGGAGGCGUGUACGAUGCCACCGAGGCGGGUUACAUCACCUCCCCUGGUUACCCUCUGGAGUACCCCCCUCACCAGAACUGUCACUGGAUCAUCACGGUGCCGGAGCCCUCGCAGCGCAUCGUCCUCAACUUCAACCCGCACUUUGAAAUCGAGAGGCUGGACUGCAAGUACGACUUUAUCGAGAUCCGCGAUGGGACAUCAGAGAACUCCGAUGUUCUGGGUCGGCACUGCAGCAACAUCGCCCCGGCGCCCAUCAUCUCGUCCGGAUCCUCCCUGCAGAUCCGAUUCGUCUCGGACUACGCCCACCAGGGGGCCGGCUUCUCUCUGCGCUACGAGGUCUUCAAAACAGGGUCGGAAUUCUGCUUCCGCAACUUCACCAGCUCCUCCGGCAUGAUCGACUCCCCGGGCUUCCCGGAUAAAUACCCUCACAACCUGGAGUGCUCGUACAUGAUCAUCGCCCCGCCCCACAUGGACAUCGUCCUCACGUUCCUGACCUUUGACCUGGAGAACGACCCCCUGCUGGUGGGAGAGGGCGACUGCAAGUACGACUGGCUGGACGUGUGGGAUGGCCUUCCGCAAGUGUCUCCUCUGAUUGGUCGGUACUGCGGGACGAAGAUCCCUCCGGAGAUCCAGUCGUCCUCCGGCCUGCUGUCCCUCUCCUUCCACACCGACAUGGCCGUGGCCAAAGACGGCUUCUCCGCCCGAUACAACAUGACACACAAAGAAGUCAGCAACUCGUUCCACUGCAGCAUGGCGCUGGGCAUGGAGUCGGGGAAGAUCAGCGACGAUCAGAUCUCUGCGUCCACGUCCUUCUACGACAGCCGCUGGUUGCCCCGGCAGGCCCGCCUCAACAACGAAGACAACGCCUGGACGCCUUCAGAGGACAGCAACAAGGAGUACAUCCAGGUUGACCUCCACUUCCUGAAGGUUUUGACAGGCAUCGCCAUGCAGGGGGCCGUUUCAAAAGAGACGCAGAAGUCCUACUACGUCACCACCUUCAAGAUGGAGGUCAGCACCAACGGGGAGGACUGGAUGGUGUACCGGCACGGCAAGAACCACAAGAUUUUCCACGGCAACACAGACCCGACUGAGGUGGUUCUGAACCGCGUACCGCAGCCGGUCCUCGCCCGGUUUGUUCGUAUCCGACCACAGACCUGGAAGAAUGGCAUCGCCCUGCGCUUCGAGCUCUACGGGUGCCAGAUCACAGAUGCUCCAUGCUCCGAGCUGCAGGGCUUGCUGUCCGGCCUGCUGCCCGACGCUCAGAUCUCCGUCUCCUCCAGCCGGGACCUGGGCUGGAGCCCCAGCACCGCCCGGCUGGUGGCCAGUCGCUCCGGCUGGUUCCCCGCCCCCGCGCAGCCGCUGGCCGGAGAGGAGUGGCUGCAGGUGGACCUCGGGGUGCCCAAAACGGUGCGAGGAGUGAUCACCCAGGGAGCGAGGGGGGGGGACGCAGCGAGCGGGGCGACCACAGACAACCGGGCGUUUGUCCGGAAGUACAAAGUGGCGCACAGCCUGAACGGGAAAGAGUGGAAUUUCAUCAUGGACAGCAAAACCAGCCUGCCUAAGCUUUUCGAGGGGAACACACACUACGACGCCCCGGAGCUGCGGCGCUUCGAGGAGAUCGUGUCGCAGUACAUCAGGCUGUACCCGGAGAGGUGGUCUCCAGCAGGCAUCGGCAUGAGGGUGGAGAUCCUGGGCUGCGAGCUUCCAGAAAUGACCACGCCGGCCGCCACCGCCACACCGACUGUUCCCGCCGACGCUGAGACCACCACCGCCACCACCUUUACUACAGUAGCCACCUAUCCUCCAUCAGACAGCAUUUGUGACUUCGAUCAGGGCCUGUGUGGGUGGACUCACGACCGCAACGCCCCCCUGCUCUGGACCCUGCACAGCCACGGUGAGCUCAACAGCUACCUGCACAUGGACGCCAGCCUAAAGACGGAGCAGCAGCAGGCCUGGAUCGUGAGCCCGGUGCUGGUGGCCGACAGCGGGCCCCUGUGCCUCAGCUUCUCCUACCAGCUGUCGGGGGAGGCCCAGGGCCACCUGAAGGUCCUGCUGCGGGACGCCCACAACGAGGAGACCGUGUUGUGGACCCUGAAAGACGACCAGGGCCCCGUGUGGAGGGAGGGACGCACCAUCCUGCCUCGCUCCCCCAAAGACUUCCAGGUUGUGAUGGAGGGUUUCUUCGUGCACGGCACCAGAGGACACAUCUGGAUAGACAACAUCCACAUGAGCUCCAGCACGCCCCUGAAAGAGUGUACACAACCCUUCGCAGCGUUUUCUCCUGAAAACCCAGUUAGAAGACCCAAUGAAUUUGGAGAUGGACGUCUUUUCAGUGGCAGAGACUCUCUUGGUGGAGUUUUACAUUUCCCAGAGUGGAACACAGCAUCCCCGUCCUCCGACCCUCCGGUGACCCGCGUCUCGGAGAAGGACAACUCGUGGCUGUACACCCUGGACCCCAUCCUGGUCACCAUCAUCGUGAUGAGCUCCCUGGGCGUGGUGCUGGGGGCGGUGUGCGCCGGCCUCCUGCUGUACUGCACCUGCUCCUACAGCGGCCUGUCGUCACGCUCCUCCACAACCUUGGAGAACUACAACUUCGAACUGUACGACGGCCUCAAGCACAAGGUCAAGCUGAACCAACAGCGCUGCUGCACCGAGGCGUGAGGAGGCUUCACGAGAGGGGAGACGGAGCGAGAGAUGCUGCCAUUCUGUGAAAACCUCUCACUUUAUUCUUCAUUUCCUCACCUUUAGUUGACUUCCUCAGUGAGUGGUGCAGAUCCUCAGACAUAUUGACAACAGAAAGCCACUUUUAUUUAGCUCAAAUGGGAACUUCAAAGCUCAAAAAACGUGGCACAGACCAGUGUUGGUAGUAUUUGUGUGGUGAAAUAACCAAUGGGAGAAAGACUGCGGUUACCCAGAUGGAUCGUUCCAUUGCGGGGGUGUUACGCCUCAAAAAGUAUCUACACAUAUCAAUUACAGAAUCCUGUUCCACCAAACGUGUAUAAAUGCAUCCUAGAUUUGUACCAGGUGAAGUUUUGAAGCAGGAUACUGUGAGCUACACAGAACACGUUGUGUUGGAAAGGUGGUAGGUUAGGAACGUGCUUUGCAAGCGUCUUUUGAUCACAUGUGAACACAGUGGCCUAGAACUUAGCUCCUUUGUGUGGCCUGUUGGCUUUUUUUUGUUCCGUCCGUAGACUCUGCUACCUAUCAGCCUCAGUUAUCCUCUUAGUUCCUGACAGUCUGCGGUAUUUUUAGUCCCAGACGUCCAUCGCUCCGUUCCUCUCUGUUUAAUGUUUUCGUUCUGGCCUACCGCCAGCCUGUGAUGGCAGAUAAGUAGAAAAAAAAAGAGGCGUAUGUGUGUGUAGAGGUGGGGAGUUGGGGGGGGGGGGGGGGGCGACUUUUUAACACAUUCUUUUAAUGACAGAGAGAGUUAUUGUUAGAUUUAGUUGUUACUGGUUCCUGUCAAAUAGAAGGUCAUGUUUACAUCGUGGUUAAUGGUAAAAAGGUCAAGGAGCUUUGGUCGGUGCAACCUAUGGAUUGCUGGUGAGGGACUGAGAACCACUGAAGACAAACAGAGAGACACUGAGACCCCUGCUCUCUCACAGGGGCCAUGGGCUUUCUGCGGGGAAAUAACACUAACUGCGUGCCCCGGACACACAACACGCCUUAAAAUAAACUGUCCACGGAAAUGAUGAAAAAGGAAAGUUGAGGCGACACGAAGACAAGAGGUAUCCAUAUCCUUCUCGUUCCACGUGGACCUCAAAAGCCAUGAUUAAAGGACCUAUCCCCCCUUACUCACACAUACACACAGAGCACACCACCCACACCUCAAACUACUGGCUAAUUGUGGCCUGUUUUUUUUAAAUGUCGGCUCUCGCAAAGCAAGGCAGGCAUUCUUCGGGACUGUUUUUGAACCAAUCAGAAAGGGUCUUGUAUUGCACGCGCUCUUGAUGGACUCAUAAGCCAUGAGAAGAAGAGGGUGGGAGAGGAAGUCAGCUCCCACGCACGCACACACACAUUACUUCACUUGUAUAUACAGAUGUAUAUACAGAACAUGAACACACUCAUAAACACUGAGAAUCAAAGGGAACAACAGUUGCUGCUGAGAAGCUUACGGUAUAUAUUUUAGACCAUGGAGUACAGAAAUGCCCCAUGGGUUCAAUGCACACACGGGUUCAUCCCAUCUUGCUGUCACCACACACACACACACAUACACACACCCACACACACCCCCCCCUCUCCUCUGAGGCCCUCUUCUCUGGACCCCACUGACUCUCUUCAAAGUGCCUUGGAGCCUCGGGGGUCCAGCUUGCCUUUGGAGCCGGUAUCAGAAACAGAAAGUUGACGCUGACAGCGACAUGUCCCAGCGCCCCCUUCUGCCUGGGAGGACCAAAACACGUAAAUAAAAUUAAAAAAGGACGGGAUCCCCCCUUUCGCACUGCUCGGACUGCUGUUGUUGUUUUGAAGGGGACUUUGUACAGAAAUGCUCUUUUUAUGAUUGUUAUUAUAAUUAUUGUUAUGAUUAUUUAAUAAAGGAUUUAUACCAUAAUGAGAAA